CUCACCCACCCCCCGCCCAGCAUGUCGCAGCUCCUCGCCCGCUUCGCCGUGCCGCUCGGCCUUGCCGCCAUCACGCUGCAGUCGGCGCUGUACGACGUGCCCGGCGGCUACCGCGCCGUCAUGUUCGACCGCUUCUCGGGCGUGCGCAACGAGGCCACGAGCGAGGGCACGCACUUCCUCGUGCCCUGGCUCCAGCGCGCCAUCCUCUACGACGUGCGCGUCAAGCCGCGUAACAUUUCGACGACGACGGGCUCUAAGGACCUGCAGAUGGUCUCGCUCACGCUGCGUGUCCUCUCGCGGCCCGACGUGGCGCACCUGAGCAAGAUCUACCAGUCGCUCGGCCUCGACUACGACGAGCGCGUGCUGCCGUCGAUCGGCAACGAGGUGCUCAAGGCUAUCGUCGCGCAGUUCGACGCCGCCGAGCUCAUCACCCAGCGCGAGGUCGUCAGCUCGCGCAUCCGCGAGGACCUGCUGAAGCGUGCCAGCGAGUUCAACAUCAAGCUCGAGGACGUGUCCAUCACGCACAUGACCUUCGGCCAGGAGUUCACCAAGGCCGUCGAGCAGAAGCAGAUUGCGCAGCAGGACGCCGAGCGCGCCAAGUUCGUCGUCGAGAAGGCCGAGCAAGAGCGUCAGGCAUCCGUCAUUCGCGCCGAGGGCGAGGCCGAGGCGGCGCAGACCAUCUCGAAGGCGCUCGAGAAGGCGGGCGACGGCCUGCUGACGAUCCGUCGCAUUGAGGCGAGCAAGGAGAUUGCCCAGACGCUCAGCAACGCACGGAACGUCAGCUACAUCCCGGGCGGCAGCAACAUGCUCCUCAACAUGUCGACAUAGGCUGCUGUCGCGAGCAAAGCGACUCUCGUCGCCGUGUAAUGCUAGUGUCUCCGAUCUGCUGUGCUCACGCC